AUGCCACAAGGUGCUGAUUUCGUUAUGAUAGCGGACUCCUGCAACAGUGGGGGGCUAAUAGAUCAGUCAAAGGAACAAGUUGGACCUGGCUUUCGUCCAGAUGUUUGCUAUCCCACAAGGCCCUGCAACGAGGUCUGGGGCAAAGCCAAAAUGAUCCCCAUGACAUCAAUUGUGCAGCAUUUGAGACCUUUGAGUCACAUAAACAGCUCAGACAUCCGCACACUCUUGACAAACAUUUAUGGAACUAAUGCCAGCAUCAUGUUCCAAGGGCCACUUAAUCCUCAACUGUUGAAUUCAUUCAUGGUUGAUGGUGGCAUUCUUAUCAGUGCCUGCCAGUCCAAUGAAGCCUCGAUCGAUGAUCAGAAAGAUAUUCGUCCUCAUGGUGUGUUUACUGAUGCACUUUAUUACUCGUUGAGGUAUCAACCUGGUCCCAUUACUUAUAAGUCGCUCGUGGAGAUUAUUAGAGCUCAAUUAACAUCGCAGCGUCCAUGUCUCUAUUGCUCUGACCAGCAUGCCAGUGCACCUUUCCUCCGGCAUAUUCCAAAUGUUUUUUCACGCUUGUUAAUGUAG